GUUGGCAGAAAAGAAACCACCGGCUGUUUCUUUUUUGUGAGAGAGAGAGAGAGAAAAGAGAGAGAGUUGGGGGGUUUCCGGCGGCCGAUGAUGUGGAGAACGGUGUCGGACGGGGGAUCAUCGGCGGCCCAGGGGGAGGAGGCGGAGGGUGGUGAGAUGGAGUGGGAGAUGAGGCCCGGGGGGAUGCUGGUCCAGAAGCGGCAGGCGGAUCUCGGGGCGGCGGCGGCGCCGGUCGUGCGAGUGCGGAUCUCGCACGGCGCCGUCAGGUACGAGGUCUCCGUCAGCUGCCUCGCCACGUUCGGGGAGUUGAAGAAGCUUCUGACGGCGGAGACGGGGUUGCAGCCGGGGGAGCAGAGGCUGAUGUACAGAGGGAAGGAGAGAGGAGACGGCGAGUUUUUGGAUCUUUGCGGAGUGAAAGACCGGUCUAAGGUGGUGCUGAUCCAGGACCCGACGAGCCUUGAGAGGAGACGCGUGGAGAUGUGGAGGAAUGCAAGGAUCCAGAGCGUCCACCAGGCCAUCUCUGAUGUUUCUCUCGAGGUCGACAAGUUGGCCGACCAGGUAACUACCAUAGAAAAAUCCAUAUCCAAUGGGAAUAAGGUUGCAGAAGUACAGAUCACAACAUUGAUUGAGUUGCUUAUGAGACAAGCAGUCAAACUAGAUAGUAUCCCUACUGAAGGAGAUGCUUCUUCCCAGAAAAAUCUACUGGCUAAGAGGGUGCAAAAGUGUGUUGAAACUUUAGAUGUCCUCGAGAUCUCAAAUGCCAAAUUAAAGCCUGUAGUGGUUACAACUAUGUGGGAGACAUUUGAUCCCCCAACAAAGACACCAUGGGAAUUUUUUGACUGAACAUUCUCCCCAGUUUUGCCCUACUCUUCUUUCAUUCAUUUAAUGUACUUUAUAAUUAGUAGGCCAUGAACAAGCAAAGUGUAUUUAUACCUUCUAUCAAUCGAUCAGCUCAAUAAAAGGACUCUAUCUGCCAGUCUUGGUUGAUC